AUGGGAACCACAUUUUCUUCUACUAAACAAAAAUCAGCAGACUUUGAACGUCGACUAAUAAAUUAUAAAGCGACUGCAGCCUCCCUAUCGCCAGAGUGUCUAUUUGAAAUAUUUGAAUAUCUUGACAGGAACUCGCUUUAUUCUUGUCUCUUGGUCAAUAGGAGUUGGUGCAAGGUGGUUGCACCCCUGCUGUGGAGAGCACCCUUUCGAACCUCAAUCGGACCUUCCCUUGAGCCAGCCAAACUUAUUCGGACGUAUCUCAGCUGCCUCUGUGAAAGGUCGAAAUUAUAUCUUAUCAACAAUGGAGUAAGGUUACCACGGUUAAUGCCUGUCAUAUUCGAUUAUCCUUCUUUUCUACGCGAAUUGAAGUUUGUGGAUUUGUAUAAUGCUGUGUCCGAUUGGUUCGCAAAUGAGUUUUGUAAUAACGAAGAUGAACAGUCGGUUUUUCUGAGGAUCCUAGUUGCCGAGCAAUUAUUCAAAUUGUUCAUGAACCGGUGUCCAACAUUUGAAAUGCUAUCCUUAUCGGACUUGUCUCAUGAGGCGCCCAUGCCUUUGGUACCUCUUUUGGCGGGUGCGGAUCCGUGUUUGACUAGACUUAAGGCUUUCCAAUGUGUUAACAAGCACAACGGUAAGAAGGACAUCUUCCGUGCGAUGUCUCAAGUGUCAGAAAUUCUCGAGACCCUGUGGAUUGGAGGAGUUGAGCAUGAGAUGGAGGUGAAGGCUUUAGGAGUUCUAAUCAGAUCUCAGAAAAAAUUGAAAACUUUCAAGUACUCGUGGGACAACCAAACUCGUCUGCAAAUCGUGUUGGAUGAAACGCUCGGAGCCUUAAGCACACAAGCGAAAAGUCUCACCACCAUUCACUUUGAAUACUGUAAUUUUUCACAUUGUGAAUCGUUGGAACCUUUAACAACGUGUACAAACAUGGAGAACAUUCGAUUCAUACAGUGCAUCUUCCUGGAAGAGAAAUUGCAUCCGUUGGCAAAUGUCAUCUUUCAUAAUCUCAAGAAUUUGGAAUUUCAUUGUAGUUUUGUGGAUUCCUCAAGGUACUGGAUAGACAUUCGCGAUAUCGCGUCCAUUAUUAGGAAUUCGUCUAGUAGUCUUGAAAAAUUGAUCCUGCCCAAAAUUGGAAAUUCAGAGGAACUGUCAGUGGAACUUAUGAAAUCGCUUCGAUUCAGCAGAAGUAUUAGGGAAAUAAGAUUGCAAAUUAGAAACGAGGAGACCAAAGAUUUUAUGGAUUUCUUCAAUAAUAAUAAUAGGCUGGAGAAGCUUAUAUUCAUCUGUCUCGGCGAUCUGAACGUGGAAGGCCUGCUGACGCAAAUGAACCAACGAUGGCCGGACACUUUAUCAUCGUUACAGAUUAAAGGACAAUGGAUAAUUACUUCGGAAUAUUUAAAAGCUUUCCUCAAGGAUUCCAAAUGUUGCCUCAAGCAUUUGGAAUUACACUCUUCGAAUCAUUUAACCGACGACCACGUCACGGUUGUCCUGGACUAUCUGAAAGAAAUGAGGGCGACAAGGAGAUCUGGCUUAAACAAUAUGUACAUGUCUGGAGAUCGAAUAACCGAAAAAAGAGGGAACUUUUGUCUAGCACCUCUGAUCUAA